UGCCACACUUUGUUUAGCAGCGCAGUCAUUCACAUCCUUACCAUCUCCACUAAUAGCCCUUUCUCUUUCUCUUUCCACAAGUGCCUCCAACAUUGGGCCUAGCACAUUAUCACAUUAGGAGUGUUUCCAAAAAAAACAUUUGAAUUUGCUCCUCUUUUGGCACGUUUUGCAAUGUUGAAAUUGUUUUUUUUCAUUGUUCUCGCCGGGGCUGCCCGGGCGAGUGAUGUGAUAGAAUUCUCUGAUGAUGAUUUCGACAGUAAAAUUGGAGAUCACGGGAUGAUUCUAGUGGAAUUCUUUGCGCCAUGGUGUGGCCAUUGUAAACGGCUAGCUCCGGAGUUUGAGGUGGCAGCAACGCGUCUGAAAGGCAUUGUCGCAUUGGCCAAGGUCGACUGCACGGUCCAAAACAAUGUGUGCCAGAAGUACGGAGUUAGCGGUUACCCAACACUGAAGAUCUUCAAAGACGGAGAGGAUGCCGGUGCCUACGAUGGGCCCAGAACUGCAGAUGGGAUUGUGAGCCAUCUAAAGAAGCAGGCUGGCCCAUCUUCCGUAGAGCUCAAGACCGAGGCAGAUUUUACGAAGUAUGUCGGAGACCGUGACGCAAGUGUUGUGGGUUUCUUUGCUGACGGUGGAAGCCCAGCCCAAGCAGAGUUCCUUAAGUCGGCCAGUGCCCUCCGAGAGUCCUUCCGCUUUGCACACACCAACUCUGGGGAGCUUCUCCAGAAGCAUGGCGUGGAGGGAGAGGGAAUCAUUCUGUUCCGUCCAGCACGCCUCAGCAACAAAUUUGAAGAGAGCAGUAUCAAGUUCAGUGAGGACAAGUUCACCAAUGCCAUGAUCAAGAAGUUUGUCCAGGACAACAUCUUUGGAAUGUGCCCCCACAUGACUGAUGACAAUAAGGACCAAAUGAAGGACAAGGACCUGCUGGUGGCCUACUAUGAUGUGGACUAUGAGAAGAACCCCAAAGGCUCCAACUACUGGAGGAACCGGGUAAUGAAGGUGGCCAAGAGCUUCCUGGACCAGGGGAAAACGCUGAACUUUGCCGUGGCCAGCAAGAACAGCUUCAGCCACGACAUCUCUGAGAUGGGCCUGGAUGCCAGCUCCGGAGAGCUGCCCGUGGUCGGCAUCCGCACUGCCAAGGGAGACAAAUACGUCAUGGCUGAGGAGUUCUCACGUGACGGCAAGGCCCUGGAGCGUUUCCUGCAGGACUACUUUGACGGCAAGCUGAAGCGUUACCUCAAGUCUGAGCCCAGCCCUGAGAACAAUGACGGCCCCGUCAAGACUGUGGUGGCUGAGAACUUUGACGCCAUUGUGAACAACGAGGAAAAGGACGUGCUGAUUGAGUUCUACGCCCCGUGGUGCGGCCACUGCAAGAGCCUGGAGCCCAAGUGGAAAGAGCUGGGAGAGAAGCUGUCCAGUGAUCCCAACAUUGUCAUCGCAAAGAUGGACGCCACAGCCAAUGAUGUCCCAUCUCAAUACGAAGUCAGGGGAUUCCCCACCAUCUUCUUUGCUCCAGCUGGACAGAAAAUGAGCCCAAAGAAAUAUGAGGGUGCUCGCGAGGUCAGUGAUUUUAUCUCCUACCUGAAGAGGGAGGCCACCAACCCUCUGGUGGCUCAAGAAGAGAAGUCCAAGAAGAAGCAGACGGAGCUAUAAAAGCUCAACUGGAGCCAACAUUCCGAGGCGGGAAACACUGACGGAACUAAAUUAUAUUCCAAUUUUUAGUGAACUACAGAAUGCUCUGAACCCUCCCUUGGGUCCUGCUGCUCUGGGAACACUGGAAGGUGGUGGUGGUGGUGGCCAGGGCCUGCCUGAUUUUUAAAUGUAUGGAAAGAGGGACAGUUUUGAAAUUGAGAUUAUUUCCCCUGGUCUGUACCUCUGAUGCACUUUGGUUUGAGACCAAUUUCCAGUCAUCUAUUGUUUAGUUUUUUCUGAAAGCGGGGUGGUUAUUGUAAUUUUAUUUUUAACCACAUUUUUGUACAUUUUGGAAGGAUUGGGAAUAAAAGGCCCACAAAACAAAAUGCAUGUUUUUAUUUGAAUUUAUGGAGAAAUGUAUCUGUUUUCAGUCGGGUGUAUAGAACAUUAUUAAGCUGUGUAUGACUCUAGUAGUAGAAUAGAAAUCUAAAACAUAUUCUUCAAAACCACAGAGGACCAUUCUGUAGAAUGUUGCACUUUUAAUGGGAGUGUUUUUAUAGCUUACUCCUUGACCUAAAAACAUGCUCCAUGGAGAUACUCUAUUGAAAGGGUGUUUUAGUCCAGGAAUAGGCUUAUUCUGUUUCCAGGAAACCGGCCUUGAUUAUGAGAGGCCAUUUCCAAAGACACCAGUGUGCACUAUCUUUUGUAACAAAGUCGAGUGUAAUGGUUUAUUUUCCUCUUGUGAAAACAGUUUGUACUUUGCAGAUGUUGCUGUGUAAUGUCAUUGAUCUUUGAGCAGAGGUGUGAAAUUCUUCUGUGACCACUGAUUCAUAGAUUAAGCACCUGAAUGGUUAAGAGCAGGGGUAAUUGAGUACUAUAUGAGAAGGUCUU